AUGCCCAAAGGUGCCUUUCACAAGAAAGCCGCUUGCAAGGGUGGAGAGCAGCAUCCCCCCACCCGCCCUCAUCACCGCAAGCUGCACGUCUCCCUGACAGACAAGGGAAAUGACAACAGAGUGCACUUGUAUCAGGAGAGCUCCAAUGCAUACCCUAAUUCUGAAGUUGUCUAUGUCUGGACCAAUGGCUCCACCAAGUCAGUGGUGGUGGCGGAAGACGGCUCCAGGCUGAACCAGUACCACCUGAUGGGGCAGACAGUGGGCACUGAGAACAUCAGCACCAGCACAGGUGAGAGCCAGUGUGGGCGGGGCCGCCAGGUGCACACGGGACUCCACAUCUGGGAGGGCACGGUGCUCCCUGUGUCAACUUGUGAGGGCUGCUGCCAAGCACAACCCGUCCUGGCCAGUUGCACUCUCCUCAGUGACAUGGGCCACAGCUGUGAUGCAUACCCUAAUUCUGAAGUUGUCUAUGUCUGGACCAAUGGAUCCACCAAGUCAGUGGUGGUGGCGGAAGACGGCUCCAGGCUGAACCAGUACCACCUGAUGGGGCAGACAGUGGGCACUGAGAACAUCAGCACCAGCACAGGUGAAUACACAAUCAUGACAGCUCACUUCCACCUCAAAAGGAAGAUUGGGUACUUUGUCAUCCAGACCUACCUGCCCUGCAUAAUGACGGUGAUCUUAUCGCAGGUGUCCUUUUGGCUGAACCGAGAAUCAGUCCCAGCCAGGACAGUUUUUGGGGUGACCACGGUGCUGACCAUGACGACCCUCAGCAUCAGCGCACGGAACUCUCUGCCCAAAGUGGCCUAUGCAACCGCCAUGGACUGGUUCAUAGCCGUGUGCUACGCGUUUGUCUUCUCUGCGCUGAUCGAGUUUGCCACAGUCAACUACUUUACCAAGAGAGGCUGGGCCUGGGAUGGCAAAAAAGCCUCAGAAGCAGCCAAGAUCAAGAAAAAGGAGCGUGAACUCAUACUAAAUAAGUCAACAAAUGCUUUUACUUCUGGGAAGAUGACUCACCCCCCUAACAUCCCAAAGGAACAAACCCCAGCAGGGACUUCAAACGCAUCUUCAGUCUCAGUAAAACCUUCUGAAGAGAAGACGGCUGAGAGCAAAAAGACUUACAACAGCAUCAGCAAGAUUGACAAAAUGUCCCGAAUUGUGUUCCCAGUCUUGUUUGGCACUUUCAACUUAGUGUACUGGGCGACAUACUUGAAUAGGGAGCCAGUGAUCAAAGGAGCUGCUUCUGCAAAGAAGUGACUGUGGCGCUCCAGACUCCAAGAGGGCACAACGGCACCAAGGGAGGCUGAGCUCAGAGGGACGCUCCAUACCUGGACACGUCUUUCAGGAAAUUUUUGCAUGUUUAAUAAUACUUACAAAUUAUAUUGCCUCGAUGUUUCUACAUGUAACUUGAGAUGUUUUGAAGAUGUCACAUUGAUAAAUAAUGCAAACAACUUUUUAGAAAAAUGGGAGACAGUGCCUCUGACACUGAGAUGCUCAGUAUCUGACACUGACAGUUUACAAACAAGUAUAUUUUUAACUGUUCCAAGUGUUACCUGACAAGGUUUUUUAUAUUUCAAAUGUCAUUUCAUACAAAUUUUCCCAGCAAAUAAAUAUUUUAGGAAAUGCUCUAUGAUUAUUACUUGACCAACUAUUGCAAGAAACAAAGAUCACAAAGAGCGCAUUUUUCAUUAAGAAGAAACUGUGGACAUUUAAGUACAAAAUUAAUUGCCUUUGAUAAUUCUUACUGUUAUGGAAUUACAAGAGUACUGCAUGAUGUUACAUUAAGAAAUAGAAUAGGCAAACAUUUAUGCAGACAAGUUUAGUAACACAAAUAUACAGUAUGUUAGAUUAACAGAUAAAAUAUUUCCCCAGGCAAAAAUUUAAAUGCUUAAGUUUUUGGGGGGGAAAGAAACUUAUUUCCCACCAACCCCCACAUCCCCAAAAGGAGAUGCUCAACAGAAAGUGGUUUGGUGACGUCCUGGGCACUUGGCCUCUGUGUUCACUGUCUCCAAACACCGGCCCCUCUCGCUGCAGCCAUUGUAUAGUGCUUCAGUGGUGAGAAAUUGUAAUUGAGUUAUUUUCUAUUUUAUUUCCUUGUAUGUAUUUCAUGACUGACUUAUUGCUCUGUUGGCUUUUGUAUAUGAAUCUUAAAUGUUCAUUAAAAAAUAAAAAAUGAAUUGAUCUUA